CCACCCUCUCCCAUCAGUCUUCCUCUCAGUCCACAGGACUACAACGCACUUCCGAUGAGAUCGCGAGGCUGUGCAGUUGACUAGAUUCAUUAGUUCGCACCUAAAUUGGAUAUCUACAUGUGUCUGAUAGGAUGUCUACAAACGACACCGGUAACGCACCAUUCCUAUGCAAUGUCGACUUCUGCACGUUGGGAAUGUUCAUUAUCGAUGAGAUUGAAUUUGAAGCCCCGAAGCCACCUGUGAAAAACAUCAUUGGAGGCGCUGGCGCCUAUGCAGUUGUUGGCGCGCGAAUGGUAGCGGGCAAGGAGCAUUCCCAGUCAGUAAACUGGAUCGUCGAUGCUGGCUCUGACUUCCCGGUGGAAAUGCGACAGAUUAUUUCAUCCUGGGAUACCUCCUGUAUACUGAGAGAGUCUUCAGAAAGGCUUACUACACGGGCAUGGAAUCGUUACGGCCCGAACGAGAAAAGAGACUUCCGGUAUCUUACACCAAAACUUCGCUUACAUCAUAGCUCGCUUUCGGACUCUCAAGUAUUUUCCAAAACAUUUCACAUGGUCUGCUCCCCUGAACGCUGCUGUCAGAUUAUCGAGGGAAUUCUUCAGAGGCGGGAAAGAAUUUCGCAACGCAAAGAGGUUGAACAGCCUAUUGCUGAGCGGCGUCCAAUUUUUGUGUGGGAGCCUGUGCCAGAUUUGUGUCGCCCAGAGGAGCUUCCAAUGUUCUAUAAGGCUUUGAAACAGGUGGACGUGGUCAGCCCCAAUGAUCUUGAGUUGGCUAAUAUGUUUGGCAAUGAAUCAUGGAAUGCUAGAAAUGGUGGGGACCAAGCCAUAGCAGACGACAUAGUGAAAUCUGGAAUUGGGCAAGACGGAAAUGGAAUGCUCGUGGUGAGAGCAGGGAAGGACGGCUGUUAUGCAUUCUCCCGGGAUCUCUCUUUGCAUAUUCCGGCAUACCACGGGGCGAACGUCGUUGAUCCAACAGGCGCCGGAAAUGCGUUUCUUGGAGCCCUAGCUCAGUCCCUUGUUAGCAAUGACACAAAACCGCUCAGAGUUGUCAGAUCAACACUUGGAGAAUCUGUAGAAUGGGCUUCCAUUGCCAAUUCAUGGGGUGAGCAAGGGCGGAUUCCGGUAGCAUUGAUUUGUGCCACAGUGGCGGCUAGCUUUGUAAUCGAACAAGUAGGGAUGCCGAAUAUAUCCCAUUCCGACGGAGGAGAGGAGUCGUGGAAUGGUGAAAGUUAUACUGAACGGAUCCGUCUAUAUACGAAGCAACUCGCUCACAACUUUGCCAAAGCCUCAGAAAUACAAAAAAGAAAUUCAAUUGCUUGAUCGAUUGUUUGAUCGAUUGAUAAUAGUAUGUGUAUCUAAUCCCAUUGAAUCAACGCCAAGAGGAAGAAUGUAUGUAUAAUGCACAAAGAUCAUCAACCCAAAUGAACCUCCCCGUCAUUUUUCUUCAUGACUUGCUUGCCGCAGCCGAUUCCUUUUCGUGUUCACCGAUUUGUUUGCUCCACCUAUAAAGUAUGAUAAGUCUUUGAACGUGUAGUAUUUUGUUAUCUGCAGGAGGUGCGGGG